AUGGCUACAGAGCUACAGCUUGUAAUGGAGGCCAACAGCGAGCUGUUGGCGCAUGCAAAGGUGGUGAAUCCACGUGGAUGCUCCAUUCACGUCGACAAACACAUUCAGAAGCCGGUCCUCAUCAUGAAAGGGACGCCUUCUCAAACCCGCGUGCAAGUUCCGCGCGAGGACCGCCCCCUCUCUUCGUUGCGCUUACACAACUCUCUUUUGGCGGCUCAAAUCUGCCUCAACUCCAUGGACCAUUUCGCGGUCGAGAUCGUUGUGAGUCAGUACGCGGUGACGCGGACAAAACUGAUAAUUGGUACCAACGUUGCAGCUGCGCGAUACGACACGACGGCUGAUGAGCUGACGACCGCUUAUCUUCCCCUUAUCAUUCCACGCAACAAGUGGGUACAGGUGGUGUUUCAUGUUGCUGGCAUCGUGCAUACUGUGUUCAAUCUCCCAUCUAUAUCCUGCAUUGACGCGAUCACUCUCACUGGAACGGGAAAGAUGUCGUGUGUGUUCACAAGCAGUGACGAGCAGUCAUGCAUUGCCGCAACACCAGAGGGCAUGGCCCUUUUUGCAGUUCCGGCGUAUGUUCCACCGAUCUGGAAGACGGCCGCCGCGACAUCUGAACAUCUGUCGUCUCUGCUAAAUAUUGACUCCAGGUCUGGCAUACCCUUGCCAAGCGACGUGUCUUUUGGCACAGCAGCUGCUCCGUGCGCUGAGCCACCGUCCUCGCUGGGGUCGCCUCUUUCGACGCACUCUGUGAUCCUACCGCAGCUGAAGCCUCUGAAAGAUACAGCUGUGCCACCGUCCUAUCCUCACGUUUCCUCGAGCGCCUCAGAAAGGGUUAGGGCACCUUUAGGAAAGGGCUCGUCCAGCGCGCCUUCCCAAUGCGAUUAUAUCCGCCUCGUGGACAACGAGGACAUAGUGACCAAGGAUGAGCAUAGCCCCAUAUCAUGCUCGUACGGGGAUGGGCACCGACAGCAGGCCUCGCAAGAGGCCGUCGCAGGCAGGUCUUGCGGAGCAGGGCGAGGGGCAGCAAACAGCAAUGCAUGUGGCCUCAGCGGCUGGGAGCAGUUUCCUGAAGAACGUGUUGGUACACUCGUCGUUGUUUCAUCGGCACGUGUAGGCAAGGUAGACGCAGCCAAGCGGCCGCCACGAAAACCCAGAGUCGUUACUGGUCCCCCAGGAUUAAGUGACAACGAAAGACUGCAACGCAUCAUCGCGUCCCGCAAGCAUCGGGUGACGCCGAGGCAGGGAUCCCUUAACAGCGGUGGUGACGAUGGGCGGAGCAAUAUCUCGCGACGGCAGGAGCGCCUUCGACGUCGCAUGCGUCUCUUACGGGCAAAUGAGCAGAAGGCAAACAAGACAGCAGCAGCCAAGGCGCUCGUUGCAUCAGAGCUUCCACUAUCCCAGCGAGCUGUGGUUGUGGAGGAUUCAACAGAGGCAGCCCCGAUUUGCGGAUACGGUUUCGGAUAUCUCGGUGUGCUCAAGCCAAAUGGCGAGUACGAGGAGGACGAUGACGCCAACCUCAACUUGGAGGGCGCGCUCACGCUGUUGACAGACGGUGAGUGA